AUGUCUUUAAAAUCUACCUCCUCCUCUUUCUCUCUGUCCCCCUCUCUCUCUGUCUCUCUCUCUCUCUCUCUCUGUCCCCCUCUCUCUCUCUCUUUCUUCCCUCUUUCUCCCGCUCUACCUCUCAUUCUCUCACUGACUCUUCCCUCUCUCUCCCCAUCUUUCUCCCUGUGCUUAUUUUCUCUCAUUGUUUUUAAAACUAACCCUCUCAUUGCUCUCUCUCUCUCUGUCCCCCCUCUCUCUCUCUCUCACUCUCUCCCCUCUUUCUCCCGCUCUACCUCUCAUUCUCUCACUGACUCUUCCCUCUCUCUCCCCAUCUUUCUCCCUGUGCUUAUUUUAUCUCUUUUUAAACCUAACCCUCUCAUUGCUUCUACUUUUUCUCUAUUACUAAUAUCUCUCCUUCUCUAUGUUCCCAAACGAAACUAUUCAAACAUUUUCCAGAACAUAUUUUUAACAUAUUUUAACAUUCAGUUUUUAGAGUGUCUGGUGCAUCCCAACGGAAUUGACAUUCAUUACAGGCAAAUAAAAUAUCGGCUUUAG